UGGUUCGGACUGGUGGCUCGGACCCGGUGGGGGUUCAUAGGUGUACGAAAGCCCUCUCUAGCUUUCUCUCUCUCUCUCUCUCUCUCUCUCACAAGGAGGAAGAAGAAGAAGAAAGCCCUCCCUUCCCUGCUACUACCAAUCUCUCUCCUAUUCCCCGGCGAACUAUCGAAUCCACACCCUUCUCUUCUCUCUCUCUUGUCUGUGCUGCGAAUGCGCUUCAAAGACCUCGAAUUUUGAUAAGCUUUCUUCCAACACCACCAUGAACGCCCCAAUCAUCGACCCAUUGCAGGGAGAUUUUCCGGAAGUGAUAGAGGAGUAUUUGGAAAAUGGGGUCACGAAAUGCAUCGCCUUUAAUCGCAGAGGAACCCUUCUUGCCGCUGGGUGCAUGGAUGGAAGCUGCGUUAUUUGGGAUUUUGAGACCAGGGGCAUUGCUAAGGAACUCAAGGAUAAGGAUUGUGUUGCUGCCAUAACAAGUGUCUGUUGGUCAAAGUAUGGUCACCGCAUACUUGUGUCCGCCAUGGACAAAUCAAUAACGCUUUGGGAUGUUGUCAAAGGAGAGAAGAUAACAAGAACAGUUCUGCCUCAAGCUCCCUUCCAAGCUUAUCUACACCCUGGUUCCUCUACCCCAUCUCUUUGCCUGGCAUGCCCGUUCUCAACUGCUCCCAUGAUUGUUGACUUGAACACUGAAAGCACAACUGUCCUUCCAGUCUCAUUACCUGAGACGGACACAGGAUCUGCUCCUCCAUCACGCAAUAAAUUCUCAGAUGGAUCAGCUGCUUUUACUCCAACUUCUGCGUGCUUUAACAAGUGCGGUGAUCUGGUCUAUGUGGGAAACUCUAAAGGAGAAAUACUCAUAAUAGAUCACAAAAAUGUUCGAGUGCUUGGUGUUGUUCCCAUUUCUGCUGGUUAUGUGAUAAAGGAUAUUGCAUUUGUUUAGCAGGAAGGACAAUAUCUUCUUACAAACUCAAAUGACCGGACAAUCAGGAUCUAUGAGAACCUUCUGCCCCUGAAAGAUGGACUUAAAGCCCUUGAUGAAUCAAGCAAAAUCCCAGAUGAGCUAGAUGGGGUUGAGAAUUUUAAAGCUGUUGGAGCAAAGUGCCUAGCAUUAUUCAGAGAGUUUCAAGAUGCCAUCACCAAAAUACAUUGGAAUGCUCCAUGUUUUAGUGGUGAUGGUGAGUGGGUUGUUGGUGCUUCUGCUAACAGAUAUGAGCACAAGAUCUACAUAUGGGAUAGAGCUGGACAUCUUGUAAAAAUCCUUGAAGGUCCAAAGGAUGGGUUGUUAGAAUUAGCAUGGCAUCCUGUCCACCCUAUUGUUGUCUCUGUUUCCCUAGGUGGCUUGGUGUAUAUUUGGGCUAAAGAUUAUACUGAGAACUGGAGUGCAUUUGCUCCGGAUUUCAAGGAACUUGAGGAAAAUGAGGAGUACGUAGAACGAGAAGACGAAUUUGAUCUGAUACCGGAAACUGGAAAGGUGAAAGAAUCAGAUGUUAAUGAAGAUGAUGAAGUUGAUAUUAUGUCAGUGGAGAAGGAUGAUUUCAGUGAUUCAGAUAUGUCACAGGGAGAAAUAUGUUUUUUGCCCGCCAUUCCCUGCCCUGAUGUUCCUGAACAGCUAGACAAGUGUGUAGAAAGUUCUUCAAAGCUGGUGGACAGCAACCAUUCUGGUUUGCUUCUUUCAGAGGAGGCAGGGCAGAAUGGACAGGCAAUGAACCAUGAAGCAAGUCCAAUUGAAGUGAUGGAUAAUUCUGCUGCUGAAGAUACACGACCACACUUGAAAAGAAGACGGAAACCUUCAGAGAAGGUGUUGGAGUUGCAGGCUGAGAAGGUGCGAAAACCCUUAAAGAAGAUAAAUCCAUCCGGUAAAUCGUCAAAAAUAAAAGACAAACCUGUCAUUGAACAGGAUACUGUAUUUGCAGAUGAUGUUAGUGAAUGAGUAUCAUUAGAUAAAAAAUGCUUCCAUCAUUGAGUUUGUACUUUGAAAAAUUUCUUCGUCCCAGCUGGAUUAUUAAGUAUAAUUUAUUGUUUUUAAAGAUAGUGGUUAUGGCAUA